AUGGCAAGCUCCAUCAAGAAUGGUCAUGGCGUAUGUGCAAGUAUCUUGGUUAUGGUUCUGUUCGCUGCAUUUCCACAAGCCCUGGUACAUGGACAAGCUGUAGUGACAGUUUCGCAGCCGCCACCUAGCAACUGUCCCUACCCUUGUCUCCCGCCGCCGACGACCCCCACAAUGUACCUGCCGCCAUCUCCGCCGUUGCCGCCUUCCAUGGUCUAUCCACCGCCCAGCGGGAACUUUCCAUACUAUCUUCCGCCGCCAUGGUACUUGGCCAAUGCACCUCCCCCUCCUGAUCCCAUCUUGCCUUAUUAUCCAUGGUACUACAAGGAGCCUCUGGUGCCAAGCUCUUCGUCGGAAAUUCGCCACCUGCAGUCCUGGGUCGUGAUUCUCUCUCUUCUGCUGAUGAUUGUGAGUUCAGCUCUGUUUGGGUGA